AUGGCAGGCGAAUCUCAGCAAGGCGAGGAUUUGGCUACAGCAAUUUUGAACAAGAAGGCCAAACCCAACCGACUUUUAGUCGAAGACUCUGUUGGCGAUGACGGAUCCGUGGUCUCCUUGAGCCAGGCGAAAAUGGACGAGCUGCAGCUCUUCCGAGGCGACACCGUCAUCCUCAAGGGAAAGAAGCGAAAAGAAACUGUCUGCAUCGUCCUCUCCGAUGACACCGUCUCCGACGAGAAGAUCCGAAUCCCACGAGUCGUCCGGGCCAAUCUCCGAGUUCGAUUGGGCGACAUUGUUCAGUUGAACCCCUGCCCAGAUGUCAAAUACGGAAAGAGAAUCCAUGUCCUUCCAAUCGAUGAUUCCGUCGAAGGCAUCGAAGGCGAUCUUUUCCAGGUUUUCCUCAAGCCGUACUUCACUGAAGCUUACAGACCAGUCCGAAAAGGCGACAUUUUUCAGGCCAAAGGCGCCAUGAGAACCGUCGAAUUCAAGGUCGUCGACUGCGAUCCCGAACCCUACUGUAUCGUCUCUCCUGAUACAGUCAUCCACAGCGAAGGCGACCCAAUCAGACGAGAGGACGUCGAAGAAUCCCUCAACGAGGUCGGUUACGACGACAUCGGAGGCUGCCGAAAGCAAAUGGCUCAGAUUCGAGAAAUGGUUGAGCUUCCUCUUCGCCACCCUGGUCUUUUCAAGGCUAUUGGUGUCAAAGCACCCCGUGGUAUUCUUCUCUACGGCCCUCCUGGAACUGGUAAAACUCUGAUCGCCCGAGCAGUUGCGAACGAAACAGGCGCGUUUUUCUUCCUCAUCAAUGGACCCGAAAUCAUGUCCAAAAUGGCUGGCGAAUCUGAAUCCAACUUGAGAAAGGCAUUCGAAGAAGCUGAAAAGAACGCUCCGUCGAUCAUCUUCAUCGACGAGAUCGACUCGAUUGCUCCCAAGCGAGACAAAACCAACGGUGAGGUCGAGCGGCGAAUCGUCUCCCAGCUCCUCACGCUCAUGGACGGCCUCAAGCAGCGAGCUCAUGUCGUCGUCAUGGGCGCGACUAACCGACCCAACUCGAUCGACCCCGCUCUUCGACGAUUCGGCCGAUUCGAUCGGGAAGUCGACAUUGGCAUUCCAGAUACUGUUGGUCGAAUGGAGAUCCUUCAGAUUCACACCAAGAAAAUGAAGCUCGCUGAUGAUGUCGAUCUUGAACAGGUUGCUUCCGAAACUCACGGUCACGUCGGUGCCGAUUUGGCUGCUCUUUGCUCCGAAGCUGCCCUUCAACAGAUCCGAGGCAAGAUGGAGCUCAUCGACGUUGACGAAGACGUCAUCGACGCCGAGGUCAUGGACCAGCUCGCUGUUACCAACGAGGACUUCAAAUUCGCUCUUGGCCAGUCGAAUCCAUCUGCGCUCCGAGAAACCGUCGUCGAAGUUCCCAACGUCAGCUGGAGCGAUAUCGGUGGUCUCGAAUCGGUCAAACGGGAGCUCCAGGAACUCGUCCAGUACCCAGUCGAACAUCCGGAGAAGUUCUUGAAGUUUGGAAUGAAUCCAUCAAAGGGUGUUCUUUUCUACGGUCCUCCUGGUUGUGGUAAGACCCUCCUCGCCAAGGCUAUUGCCAACGAGUGCCAGGCAAACUUCAUCUCCAUCAAGGGUCCCGAACUGCUCACCAUGUGGUUUGGUGAAUCCGAGGCGAACGUCCGAGAAGUCUUCGACAAGGCUCGACAGGCCGCUCCCUGCGUCCUCUUCUUCGACGAAUUGGACUCGAUCGCCAAGGCUCGAGGCGGCUCCAGCGGUGGUGAUGCCGGCGGCGCUGCUGAUCGAAUCAUCAACCAGGUUUUGACCGAAAUGGACGGUAUGGGCGCCAAGAAGAAUGUCUUCAUCAUUGGUGCUACCAACAGACCCGAUAUUAUUGAUCCGGCUGUUAUGCGACCAGGUCGACUCGAUCAGCUGAUGUACAUUCCACUUCCAGAUGAGGCUUCCCGACUCUCCAUCCUCAAGGCUAACCUCCGAAAGUCGCCAGUCGCCCCAGACGUCGACCUUGAGCACUUGGCUCGCGUUACCAAGGGCUUCUCCGGUGCCGAUUUGACCGAAAUCUGCCAGCGUACAUGCAAGCUCGCCAUCAGAGAAUGUAUCGAAAAGGACAUUCAGCACGCUCGAGAACGCGCCGAAAAGGGUCUUGAGGACAUGGAUGACGAUUUCGACCCCGUUCCUGACAUCCGACGAGAUCACUUCGAGGAGGCGAUGAAAUUCGCUCGACGAUCAGUCUCUGAUGCUGACAUCAGGAAAUACGAAGUCUUCGCUCAGACUUUACAACAAGCCCGAGGCUUCGGAAACUUCCGAUUCGAGGGCGGAAACACUACCGCUGGUGCCGCAGCCGCUGGCGGCAACGACAUCUACGGAGCUAACGAUGAUGACGAGGAUCUGUACGGUUAA